AUGCCAGUGCUUGGUGUCGGCAUGGCUCAGGAAAUCGGAUUGCGUUACUGUCCAACCAAUGAGUACAUUCUACCGGGAGGGUACUGGGAGAAAAACUCCGUCCAGUAUAACAUGACCUACAGGCAGCACGAGGAUGCACAGUGUAACACAAAUAAAUAUUUUAUAGAUAGUGAUAUGCAGCUUGAAACAAGCAGUAGUGAAGCGAGUGCUAGCUCGACCGUGCUGUCCCAGCACUGCGCUAUAUGUGGGGACCGAGCCACGGGCAAACACUAUGGAGCGUCUUCAUGCGAUGGAUGUAAAGGAUUCUUCAGACGUAGCGUCAGAAAGAACCAUCUCUAUACAUGCAGGUUCAGCAGAAAUUGUGUAGUUGACAAGGACAAACGAAAUCAAUGCAGAUAUUGCAGGCUUAGGAAGUGCUUUAAGGCGGGGAUGAAGAAAGAAGCGGUCCAAAACGAACGUGAUCGUAUUAACUGCAGGCGACCGUCUUAUGAAGAACCUGCGCAGGCGAACGGACUGUCAGUAGUGUCGCUAUUAAACGCUGAACUACUCAGUAGAAAAGUCAUUGACGAGACGAACAACGUAACAGACGCGGAGAUAAACAACCGCAAGUUGGCUAAGAUCAACGAUGUAUGUGACUCUAUCAAACAACAGCUACUGAUAUUGGUGGAGUGGGCCAAGUACAUACCGGCCUUCACGGAACUACACUUAGAUGAUCAGGUGGCGCUACUGCGUGCUCACGCGGGCGAGCACCUACUGCUGGGAUGUGCUCGACGCUCACUGCACUUGCGAGACGUGCUGCUGUUGGGAAACAACUGCAUUAUUACCAAACACCAUCUGGACGGCAGAAUGGAUAUAGACAUCAGCAUGAUCGGCAUGAGGGUGAUGGAUGAGAUCGUGAAGCCUCUCAGGGAGAUAGACAUCGAUGACACGGAGUUCGCCUGCCUCAAGGCUAUCGUGUUCUUUGAUCCGAACGCCAAGGGUCUAUCUCAGCCUCACAAGAUCAAACAGCUCCGUUAUCAAAUUCAAAUAAAUUUAGAGGACUACAUCAGUGACCGUCAGUACGACGGGCGCGGCAGGUUCGGCGAACUACUGCUGUGUCUGCCGCCGCUACAGAGCAUCACCUGGCAGAUGAUAGAACAGAUACAGUUCGCCAAGCUGUUCGGGGUCGCGCAUAUUGAUAGUCUGCUGCAGGAGAUGCUCUUAGGAGGAGCAUCAACAGAGGCGACGCUCGAGGAGGGUCCAGCGGGUGGUGAGGGCGCGGCGGGGGUGGCGGGGGACGCGCCGGCCGCAGGGGGAGGGGGCGCCUCGCCUCCACUCGUGCCACAACUGCCGCCCGGGGAACAUGUGUUUGACGCGACUUUCAAACAGGAGCCCAACAUUGUUCCUAGAAUAUAUAUAUAUCAAGUUGAUUAA